AUGUCGGAUUCUGCUCCGCUUAAUCCUGCAGGUAUACCUAUCCCGGAAGACGGAGCUAGUAGCCUGAGUAUGUCCUUUGAUGGUAAUGCUCCAGGUGACGAGGCUCCUCCCCGGGACAGUGAACCUCCUUUGACCACCAAUGCCCUGAGGAUACAUGACAUGCGUCUCUUCCAGAGAGGUGCGGUUUCGGAAGCUGCUGCCCCCACAGGUUCACUUCAGACCUUUAAUCCGACAGCACCGAGUUUCUCUAUGCCGAACUCCGCGACGAUGAACAGCUUAAUGAUUGGCGAACAAAGACUCAUGCAGAACCAAGCUAACGUAAGCCAGACGUUCAUUCAGAAUGAUAGAUCACCUCUGAUUGAACAGAUUGCUGAGCAUCGCCAUAACCAGAUCCUUGGUCAGAUCACGAACAGUUUUCAGGAGCAGAUGCUAUCUAUGGGUAGCCAUGUCAUGUCCGGAGUGUCGAAACUAAGAGUUGAACUUGCUCAGGCCGAAACAAGGCUUGGAGAAGAGGAACAGCAAGCCAGAGCCAGAUUCUCAACAGGCCAAACUCAAUUGGAAUCGCAGGCCCUUGAGAUAAACAUGGCUCGCGGUGAAGCUCAUGCCUUGGCUGAAAAAUUGAGAUCUGCAGAAUCGCACGCAGAUUUGUCAUAUGCUAGGCUCCAGGAGCAACUCCACCUAGCGGAAGCUAAGGCCAUGAGCAAUGCUGAUCUCAUGAACUCUGAGCUUGACAGUGUACGCGUUUCUGCUGCCCAGGCAACAAAUGCAGUGCAGGCUUCAUCUGAGGUUGAGAUCAAUCGCCUCUCUGCUGAGGUCCGAGACUUCAGAGUAGUCGUUAGUCAGGAGUCCGAGAAGCGGAAAGCAGCUGAGAGAGAGAACGCUGAGCUCAAAUUGCAGCUCAGCAAGGCAAUUGCCGCUCUUGAGGCUCAUGCCAACGCCUCGAGCUCUGUGCCCACUGUGCCCCCGGGACUUGUUCCGACGAUUCCUAUCAACACGCCUCCGCAGGAUGGCAUGGGACCAAGGAGUAGCAAGAAGUCGGGGGAUGACAAGGAUACUGAGGAUGAAGGUAGCAAGAACAAGUCCAAAGAAGCCGAAAAGAUCGUCUUUCCUAAGUUUCCUACACCCGAGCAGCAGAUCCUGUUUCUCUUGCACAAGUACUUUGCUACCAAUGCUUUGCACAAUUCUGUUUAUGAUAUGGAAGACUUGUUGUCAGUCACCAUGACUAACGAGAAUUUGGUGACAUUCAUCAGGCGCCCCUCAGGUGCCUGCCAUGCCAGCACCCCAGAAGGUGCCAUCCGGGCGCCCUCGCACACCCACACCCGGCAGAGGCCGUGGUCCGCGCAGUCCCUCGAGGUCGCUGUGACCGUGGAGACAAAUGCACCUUCCUGCAUACGGGAAAGCCAGGUGCUGCGGCUCCGUCCGGAGGAUUCAAAGGGCAGUAAGAACUCCAAGGGUUCUAAUGGCUCGCGGAAGUCUGGGGGCUCAGGUCGCAAGAAGGGCAGUGGUCAUUCCAUUCCUACUGCGGUUUGCCUUUUAGGAGCAAUGAUGGCAGGCACGGCUCACCAUGCCGAUGCUUACACUCUCCGGAAGGAUGAGUCGUGUUGGCCCUCUCAUUAUUCCGAGUUUACACACCUGGCGCUUGCAGCGGUGUCAUUCGAUGACAGCCCUGACUAUAUCAACUUCCCUCUUAGAGAUGGAGAGUUGAAGUACUCUGUUGAAUACCCCAAACGUACCUUCACAAGUAGCUGGUCUACUGAGGACGUUCCAUCGGGCAACGCACAAUCCACCAAGGAUGCGCUCAUGGCAGCAAGGAUGCUACGCGCAUCUGUGCGGAGCAGUCUCGAUGGUGUGCCUGCAAAGUGCAACUUCUGUUGUGAUACCGAGUUUGGUUGCGACCACUGCAUUCCAAAGGGUCUAAGGGUUACGUGCCCCGCCAAACCAGAUGCAGCGUUAUGUUCUCAUCCCAUGGAAUGGAUAGGGGAUACAGGGAGUGCUCAAGAUCUCAUCUCCGAGCGGGAGCUCGCGGAUCUGGUUCCAUUUGAAUCAGACUGCCCAAUCAACAUCUCUACUGCGAAUGGUCCGGGCUAUGCCAACAGGCAAUGCGAGGUGGGGGUUCCCUCCAUCAAUAGCGUUGCCAAGCCAUAUGUGUUGCCCAACACUCCGAGCGUUCUUUCGGUUGGUCAGAGAUGCAUGGAGCAAGGGUAUGAUUUCAUUUGGAAAGGAUUUCAGAGACCAUACUUCAAAGUUCCUGGCAGUGGGAAGGUUUACCUUGAUGUACGGGAUAAUGUUCCAUACCUCAAAUCAUGGAAAGAAGGAACUGCGUGCCCUGCAAGAAGGAUCGCCGCAUCAUCAGGCGGGAGCCGUACGGACCCCGAGAUCGUGGCGAAAGAGCUUCUCCAGAAUCAGGACUUUUCGCAUCGGUCGUGCUUGAAAUUACUCAAAGAAUCAACUUUCAAACAGCCCAAGAGCCGUCGCAGUGCGAUCCGCGUCAAAGAUGACCGCGACUCAAAAUAUCUCGUGUUUGGAGCGUUUUCUCAUGGGGGAAUGCAAGGGAUCACAAAACGAUCCAAGUCCUACCCCAAAGUCAUUCAGUAUCUCCUGGGAUAUCUUAGGAAGCAUGGCGUUGAUGGGCCGGUGACGUCCUUAGCUGUGAAUUGUAAUUCCGAUGUCAAGAUGCACAAGGAUGUGAACAAUCAUCGUGACCACGACAAUUUCACAAUCUCGCUUGGAGACUUCACAGGCGGGCAGUUGUGGGUUCAUGAUAACUGCCUCGAGAAGAACCAACGUGACACUGAGGUGAUGACCUCUCCUUCGGGAGAUUCAAUGGUAGGGAAGUUGUGGGAUUCAAGAGAGAAUGUUGUGACGUUCAAUCCCAAAUCCUAUCAUUGCGUCACUCCCUGGAAAGGUGAGAGGUGGAGCAUCACGGCCUAUGUCAACCGAGCUAUCCAUAAACUUAGCCCAGAUGAGAUUACCAAAUUGAAAGAGUAUGGGUUCCUUGUUCCGCGGAGGAGCGUUGAGGUUCCUGCUGCUCCUGUCGAGAUUGAUGAAGAGAUGACACUACAUGAUCUAGCAAUGAUGGACUUGCCCAAGAGCUCUCCAGAUCGUGAGGAAGCCUCGUACCUGCUGAACCGAGCGAUUCGCCUCCUCAUCCUGAAGGACGAGUGCAUUGCCGCGUUGCAGCAUUUUGUUUCCUCCUCUGACGAGGCCUAUCAGUUUCAUGUUCCCAACGGAGAGUUUGUUUUUCCCAUGCGUGAAAGGUACGAAAAGGUCCAGCAAGGUCUUGCUACUGAUGCUUUAGAAGGCCCAGUGUCACAAUCGCUGACGAACCAAGAUGCCGAGCCUGCUCUUGAGCAGGACUCCGUUGACGCCGACCGGAAGGAUGAACCCUCGUUGGUCAUUGAUCCAAAGAGUGGGAAAAUGAUUCCCAUUCCGGAAGGGGGUGGUUACUACGACUCGGGGGGUACCCUGGGACGUAGAUAUGGCGGGACCAGAGGUUCCAGAAAGCCAGAUAGUAUUCCAUCUGAUCUUUGGGUUCGGUUGUCUAAGAAGCAGAAAGACAAAGCGAUUGAAGACGAAGUCCGGGAGAAUGCUCUCAGAGAACUCGAGUCUGGUGGUGGUGGUUCAUCAAGCAGCAGCGGCAAGCCUGCCGCAGUGGCGAAUGCUUCCAAGGAUGAAUGGGUCAUCCGGGGGGACAAGUUGAUCAGGUUCCAUUACAUUCCCAGAAAGGAGUUGUUUUCGCCUGACCUCACCGAUUGCCCUGUUCCAAUUGCCUCUCUCGGAAGGGAUAGAGUCACCAAGAUCAUGCCGCUAGGCGGUACAGAGAUUAUCCCCGACGCAGAUGAAUGGCGCAACGUUAGGAGGCGUAAUAAGAAGUUGUCAUACAAAUGGAUUGGUAGAACCGAGUUUAGUGUAAUUGCACGUCCCGAUUCUUCUGGUCAAGCAACUGUUGGGUCCCAGGACUUCCCAUGCAUGCCUACUGUUCCAACUGCUGAAGAUCCGCAUAGAACCAAAGUUGCCCGCGCAUUCCCUGAAACGUUUCAGGAAAUCACUGAGGCCAUUGCCAUGGUUGCUAGGCCAGUGGGCAAAAAGGAACUCAUGACGGAUUCAGACGCUCAAGCGUCAUUGGAUAUGGAAUGGGAUAAACUCAUCAAGAAGAAGGCCUGGGAUAUGUCAACUGUCAGAGAGUGGGAUGACGUGUCAAAAGAAGCUGCUAAGAAGGGUAAGAAAGCCCAUGUAGGCAAGAUCUUUGAAAUCUGCGUUGAAAAAGGUAGCGAGCUUCCCAAAGGAAACCCCUUACGGAAGUUCAAGGGUCGAACCGUCUUUCAGGGUAAUAAUGUCAGAGAUGAGAACAACGACACUGCUCUCUUUAGCGAGCUGGGCUCCAGUCCAGCUACCAUGGAGGCAGGGAAGGUUCUCGACGCCUAUGGCCAUGCCCCAAACCAUGGGGUAGAACAAGCAGAUGGCAAACAGGCGUACACUCAGACAACCCUUAAAGGAGCAGACACUUGGGUACGCCUCCCGCGGGAGCGGUGGCCUAAAGAGUGGAUAGGGAAAUAUAAAGAUCCCGUUGUGCGUUUGAGGUUGGCCCUCUACGGGCACCCAGAUAGCGGCGGCUUCUGGGAGCAACAUUGCGAGAAACGACUCAAGGAGGUAGGAUUUGAGCUUGUCUACCCAGCGGCGUGGCCCUCAGUAUUCUUUCACCCGACACUUAGGCUCUUGUUAGCAGUGUACGUGGAUGACUUCAAGAUGGCCGGGCCUAAAGAGAACCUUGCCAAAGGCUGGGAACUCAUUGGCUCCCGCAUCGAUAUGGUCCCAUUCAAACCUCGCGCGGCGGAAGCCCUCGCCCUCGACCUCGGGUCGCACAGGCUCACCGUGGCUGCUCCUCUAGGCAAAGAGGACUCGCCAACCGAGACGUGGGAAGAGCGGAAGGCUCGCAUCGAGGACUUCAAGCUUGCCUUGCAGGACUCUACCCUGGGGGGUUGGAUCGAUGUGCUCUACCGAUAUGCACAGGAGGAGCUUGAGGCGCUGAAUGAGUGGCCGACAAAGCAACGGCUUCGCGUGGAGAAGGCUGUUCGCAAUCUGAGGCUGCUCCUCGCGAGGCAUGAUGUGUGUGGGAUCACCGUUCUCACAGGAGACCAUCAUUCUGAAGUGUUUCCCACAGGACCUGAGUACGGUCUCUGCAUGGAACAGCACGCUGACGCGAUGCUUGCCCUUGGCAUCAACAUUGUCGAUCCGAUCGAAAUGUAUGGCCAUACUAGCAAGCCUGACGACUUCCACGCUGAUGCGUCGGACAGGAACAAACAGGUCAUGGUCCCAUGGCAUUGUUCACUGCUCCGUGGUGUUUUUGUCAAUCAUCAGCUUAUGAAGGUUCGUGAUCAGUUGGUCGCCAACCAAAGGGAUGUGGUGUUUCACAACCACUUUUUGAUGGGGAAGGCGGAACCCUUCUUGACGGUGCCACCUGCGUCGGCGCAGCUCAUCCACAAGCCGAUCGAAGAUCCAAACCCACCUCAGGCGAGGGAGGCUGAAGAGGAGAUCGUCCUUUCUGGCCCACUCCUGGGGGAGAUGGAAGAGCCGAGCAUGAUGCAGGUUCCCGAGGUCCCGAAUGCUCAGGAAGAAAUUUCUGACUUGGACUUUGCUCGCCUUGAUACGAGACCUGGGGCCGGCUGCGUCGUGGAAGGUGCCGAAUCCGCACUCCUCAACGUCAUCACAGAGGACAUCAUCAAGGCCACCUUCGAGGCCGUGAAGGACGCCACCGAAGAGGAGCUCAAGCAGGCCGCCGUUGAGGCACAGGUCGUUAAUCUCGACGACUUUGUGGAGGCGGAAGAGCUCCCGGCGGAAGCCAAGGGAAGGGAGACGUACGUCGCCCAACCGGGCAGGAUCGAGGGAGCCGCUUCCUCGGCCGAUGUCCGGCCCCCGGCUGGUCCCACGGCCGCAAUGGAGGAGUCAGAGGAUGAGGUCGUCAUCAUGGACGCCCCUCUGACGAGUGAGGCCACGAUUCAGAAGCCAUUUACGCCGGCUGCUAAGCCAAAGCCGCCUGCGCUUCCGAGGUGGAUGACGGCCGAUCAGCUCCCGCCUUUGCCAGACGACUACCGCUGGCUGACGCCGGGCGCACGCGUAGCACUCAGCAAGAAGAUCAGUUUCCUGACGCGAGGCUUCGCGGAGAUUCGCGCGCCGCACCUCCAUGUGAAAGCGGCAGAGGAUCACUCCCUUAGAUGGGACGAGUUCUUCGAGAAACUAUCCCAGAUGUGGAGGGGGCUAAGGGUGGAAAACGUGGUAGACGCGUUGCUACACAACGACAAGCUCCGUUUCGAGAUCAAGGUGAACUUUGGUCUCAACAAGCUCGUCGUCUUCCACGCCAUCCGAGCCAUCCAGGGGCAUAAUGCAACCCUCCUCUCUGACGAGACGGACCUCAAUGACACGCAUGCAGCGGUCUACCACUUAGCCGAAUCCUGGUUUCCGACAUUGAAGGAUCGGCCCCCGGUGGGAACUGAGGGAAUCAAAUCGGAGAUGUGGACGGAGAUGAAAGAUUUCCUCGCCGGGCGGGAGCCAGGGCCAAUUUACGAGGAGCAUGUACUCCGGAGGUGGCAGAGCAAGAGCCCCAUGCCGGGAUGCUACAUUGACUUCCUCUGCUCGGAGGCGGAAGACCUCUCGUUCGAUGAGUACAAGCACAUCUGCAACAACAUGCAUUCCCCCUUUCAGAUCGCGGAGGAUGAAAAUAUCACCGUCAACGGGGAGGCCAUCAACGCAGAAGACGUUACCUUUCACACAGAGGCAAAGCCCCAAUAUGUGGGUAACGCUCGAUGGGGCUCCCGUCUGAAGACGUGGUACUCCGCGCUGGGGCGCAGGACGGAUGUGAGAUACCGAUCGAAGCUUGAGCAUUACGUAAUUCAAGAGUUCGUGGAUUUUCCCACUCUCAGAUGCGGCUCAUGCAAUCGGGACUUCGUCGACGGGAUGAUCAAUUGCCCAUGGUGUUCGGUCCGUAUUUCUGCCGAGAGCGAUAUGGCACACGUCACAGAAACCAAAAGGGCGCGCGAUGAAGCCAGCCGAAGGGGAACGGGGAUUGAUCUCCUCGCUAUCGCCCCCCGGAAGGGGUUGGCCAUGAAUCGACAUCGCGUCCGUCAGGGUCGUGACGAUGAUGACAUCAGUCUCCCGGCGGCAGUCAGAGGAAAGUGUUUGGCCAUGAAGAAGAGUCUCGCAAAGCGGGGUGGAGGUGAUCACUUGCUGGAGCUUCUCGACGAGCCCCUCGAUGCGUACAACUACGUGUCAAAAGGCAUUGACAUCGGAAGUCUCGCCCAGCUUGAGUUGUUUACGCGCCUUCACAAUCCCGCACCCGGAGGGGAUGCGCGUGGUCGCAAAGAGUUUGCAGGGAGCCACAAUGCUGACGCUCGCCUUAGCAUCGCCUGGAUGCCUGGUGACACCGAGAUCGUCUUGAACCGAGCGUUUUUCAUCGCGUUCUCUUCCAGGCUUUACAUCCUUGACGAGGCGGCCAUGCUCAUCUAUGCCACACAGCAGACGUACUUCGGCCAAAGGUUUCCUUUUUCGAUCCUCGGUUUUGAUGGCGAGAUCUACACUCCGGAGCCAGCCUCGGUCACAGAGCUUGCAGCACAGUUGGCAGAAUUCUUCAAAGUCCAACUUGGCUUCGCCGGGACCUACGAUGAUCCGGCACCCACUGAGGUAACCAUGUCAGGGAAUCUUCGCAUCCCGGAAGGGUUUGCCUCUAUGGGCCAGACGCAACUCAAUGAAGUCCUGCGCGAUACCCGCUUCUACGACAGACGUCUUGCCAGGACUGUCUAUGAUCCGGAAUGGGUCAGAGACCCGAUCAUCAUCGGCAUAUGGUGCCAAUCGUGGAAGAUCACCGAGGAGGACUGGUUCCUAUGUAGAGCCAACCAGCAAGGCAACGCCGCCAAGACUGCGCUCCGCCACACCAAGACCUCCAGCUGCGAGACGUCAGUCGAGCCAGCAAGAUCAGCCCGCUGCCUCACGCAGCUGGAUGAGCUUACGCAGCUGCUCGAGAGACCGCUUGGCAUCACCUUUCCCUACGACGUCGAUGGUGAGGAGAUCAACGGGCGGGAGCCACGUCAUCCCAGAUUCAACCGCCUUGAAGCUUAUUACUGGGCAAUGCUUUAUGCACGCGACCAGCACUAUAUCCAGGAAGAGGAGGUCGUGAACUGCAUUCCAUCCUUCGGGCAGCUCAAUCGGGUGGUCGUAUAUGAUUACGAGAACGUGAUCUGGUACCUCAACGGCUGGGAGCACAAAGUCACCGACCCUUUCACAGGUGAAACCACUCGCCGUUACUGA